GUGUUCUCGCCUCUCCUGCGCCCGGGGUAGCCCUGGCCGAGCAGAGAGCAGCGGGGAUCCGAGCCUCGGAGGGUGGUGGUUGUUGACUGUCGACUAGGCUAGCUGAGACGCUGCCUGCUUCCAAUACUUCGUCCCCGGCCCUCGCCCUGGGGCAGGCGCUCGGCUCAAGAUGAAUCUCAACUUCACCUCCCCUCUACACCCUGCUUCUUCUCAGCGGCCCACAUCCUUCUUCAUCGAGGACAUCCUGUUGCACAAGCCUAAGCCGCUAAGAGAGGUGGCUCCAGAUCAUUUUGCCAGCUCUCUGGCAUCCCGGGUGCCUCUGCUAGACUAUGGCUACCCCCUCAUGCCCACACCCACUCUCCUGGCUCCUCACCCCCAUCAUCCUCUGCAUAAGGGAGACCACCAUCACCCUUAUUUCCUCACCACUUCAGGGGUGCCAGUCCCAGCCCUGUUCCCGCACCCCCAGCACACGGAGUUGCCGGGGAAGCACUGCCGCCGCCGCAAAGCUCGCACGGUUUUUUCCGACUCCCAACUCUCUGGUCUGGAGAAAAGAUUCGAGAUCCAGCGCUACUUGUCCACGCCGGAGCGGGUGGAGCUCGCUACAGCUCUCAGCCUGUCUGAGACGCAGGUGAAAACGUGGUUCCAGAACCGACGGAUGAAGCAUAAAAAGCAGCUGAGAAAAAGCCAAGAUGAGCCCAAAGGGCCGGAUGGGUCCGAGAGCCCUGAGGGUAGCCCCCGCGGUCCAGAGGCCGCGCCCGCGGAGGCUCGGCUGGGCUUGCCUGCCGGCCCCUUCGUGCUCACGGAGCCCGAGGACGAGGUGGACAUUGGGGACGAGGCGGAGCUCGCCUCGGGGUCGCACGUGCUCUGAGUCCUGGGGCUGGGGAGGGUGGGUAGGAGACCGCGGGCGGGGCGCGGUUCCUUCCCGCACUGGAAAACU